CUCCGCCCCUCCUCCUCGCUCCCCUCCCGAGUCGGCUGAAAAGACCAAACUGCCCCUCGUCCCCGAAGUCCGAGCACCUCGGGAGAGGCGAGGACGUGAGCUCAUCGCACCACUCGCCGGCGACGAGGCGGGCGGCGACGGCGAUGGCGGUAGCGGAGCUGUGGGAGACGUUGAAGCAGGCGAUCGUGGCGUACACGGGGCUGUCCCCGGCGGCCUUCUUCACUGCCGUGGCGGUGGCGGCCGCGCUGUACCACGUCGUGUCGGGGCUCUUCGUGGCGCCCCCGCCCCCGCCGCCGCCCCCGCGGGAGGAGCCCGAGGCGGAGCCGCUCCCGCCGCCCGUGCAGCUGGGCGAGGUCUCCGAGCAGGACCUCCGACAGUACGACGGGACCGACCCUAAGAAGCCCCUCCUCAUGGCCAUCAAGGGCCAGAUCUACGACGUCACCCAGAGCAGAAUGUUCUACGGACCUGGUGGACCUUAUGCGCUGUUCGCGGGUAAAGAUGCUAGCAGAGCGCUGGCCAAGAUGUCCUUCGAGCCACAAGACUUGACUGGUGACAUAUCUGGCCUUGGGCCUUUUGAGCUCGAUGCCUUGCAGGACUGGGAAUACAAGUUCAUGAGCAAGUACGUGAAGGUCGGUACCGUCAAGAAGACUGUCCCUGUUGAAGAUGGCAGCACCGCUAGCACAGCCCCUGAAACCAAUGAGACCGCCGCCAAGGCAGAGCCCGAGAAGGCACCGGCAACCGAAGAAAAGCCUAGGGAGGUAGUCGCAGAGGAGGUGAAAGAGAAGGAAGCCGUGUCAGGCGCCAAGGAAAGCUAGAGCAUCGCAGUGCCUCAAUCAGUUGCGGCAAUAAUUUGACAUGGUCCCGUUCGGUUCAUGUCAGGGCCCUGCAAUCCUCACGUAUCAUCAGCAAUUUAGCCUGUGUAAUUGGAUAUCAUCAGCAAUUUAGCCUGUGUAAUUGGAUAUGUAAUUCGUACCAGCGGCAUGGACCUGGAGGUGCUGGUGCUUUUAUACUAUUAGUCAUUGGGGAUUGGGAACCGGGGUGUCCUUUGUUAAUAUGCUUGGUCGUGGAUAAUAAUAUGUGCCUUUUUUUAGAA